GUCUGCCUCGAGCUUGCCUUCCCUGAGUGGUUCGUCCCCCGUGCAUCCGUGGAGGAUUGGUGGAAGGGUUUUCGCCAGCUGUUCCCCGCGCGCGACGAGCUGGGGCUGGCCGUGUUUGCCCUGGUGCACCCGCGAACGCAUGAGUGGCUGUGCUCCUGUGUGCGGGGGCUGCCAUUCGGCUUGGGGGUUGCGGUCAACCAGUUUGGCCGCAUGGCCUCCUUUCAGACUGCGGUUAGACGCCGCCUGCUGUUGUUCUUGACGGGACAUUGCGCCGACGACAAUCCCACUGGGGAAUUGGCGUGUUUCGUGGGGCGGCAUGGCGGUGACCGCAUAGUUCGGGAGCGUGCGGGCGUGAUGGGAGUGCGCUAUUCGGACAGUAAACGACAGCCCCCUGCGGCCAUAGUGCAGCUCUUUGGCUCUUUGGGCACCUCAAUGACUUCUGCCAGACUCCGCGGUCCAAGGCAGUGGUUUGGGGGCCGAAGCUGUUCGGUCGCGAGACGCUCGUCGAGAUGUGCAUCGGGGCCGCGCGCAGUGCCAGGAUCACUUCCGGGCAGGCCGCCAAGCUGAGGGGAUACGCUGCCUGGCUGGACUCCUCCUUGGCGGGCCGGUGCAUGAGAGGAGCUAUGCGCGCGCUCAUUGCCAGGCAGCACUGGGGGAAGGGCGAGCGGGUGGUUCCCGAUAGCGUUCUCCACCGCGCCCUCCUGCACAUCGCUGCGGCGGCAACCCACGUGCCUGACCGCGCCCUGAUGCUCGCGCGCCCCUGCGAGCCCCCUAUCGCGGUCUACUCGGACGCCGCCGAGGACCGCGCGCGAGUGAGGCUGGGGGCCAAGGUCGUGAUGCCCAACGGCAAGGUGCACAUCACGAUCUGGGACGCGAUGCCGGCCGCGCUCGCGACCUGGGGGCCGCAGGCAACCAAGAUAAACCAAGCCGAACUCCACUGCGGCAUCAAGGUUGCCACCGCGUUCCCCGAGCUGCUCCGGGGACGAGACGUCCUAUGGUGGAUCGACAAUGCGUCGGCCGCGACCUCCAUGGUCAAGGCUGGAUCGCCCACCGAGGGCGUGGGGCGGCUGGCCUUGAAGGCGCAUGCGAUGCUAGCUGCUAGCGACGCUUCGUUGUAGAUGCUGGGUCGAGCAUGUCCCGAGCGGCGAUAAUCCGGCAGGCGCCCUCUCCAGGGGCUGGCUGGCCGACCCAUAUGUGGCGGCCAUGCGCGCGUCAGGAGAAUGGACUUAUCACGAGCCGGUCGCCCCCGUGGCGCUUCCGGCGCGUAGUUUCGACGACCUUUGGGGCUGGGGCCUCGAGGUUUGAGACGUCGUCGUGCUUAAUACCCAUUCGCGACCGUAUCAGUAUUGUAACUCUGCCUGGAGCAUUGCUCUGAGACAAGCACCGCCCUGCCCCUGCAGUCAAUCGAGGAUGUUAG